UGGACACUCCGCGGGAGCGCGGCCCGGCGGCCUCGCCCGGGAGCGGGCCCGGCGCCUCCAGAGCCCGCCGUCCUCUGGGCAGGGACCACACCGCGGACUUCCUUCUCCGCCCGGGGAAAGCAGAAAGUAUGAAAGCCUAUCUAAAGAGCGCAGAAGGCUUUUUUGUCCUGAAUAAAAGUACUACAAUUGGAAGGCAUGCGAACUCAGACCUGGUCAUAGAGUCAGCUGACAUUGACAACCACCACGCGCUCAUUGAAUUCAAUGAAGCCCAGGGCAGCUUUGUUCUCCAGGACUUCAACUCCGUCAACGGCACCUUCGUCAACGAGUGUCACAUUCAGAACGUGGCUGUGAAGCUGCUGCCCGGAGACGUCCUGAGGUUUGGGUCUUCCGGGCUGACUUACGAGCUGGUGGUGGAGAACCCACCCUUGGUCACCUUCCCACGGGUGAAGAGCUCAUCUCCUUGGCCGGGGUCACAGCCAUCAAACCCAUCCCAAUCGUCAUCACAUUUCUUCUUCCAAGGCAUCCGGCAGCCACCCAUGCCUAGGACCUGGUCCCAGGGGUCCCCCAGGCCUACCACCAUGCCGCCUGGCCCCCACCAGCGGCCCCUGAGUGCCAGUGGGAAGGUGUUCUCCUUCAUGAUGGAGGGCAACCCAAGAGCUCCUCUCAUCAAACAAGUGUGGACCAGCGCUAUCGGCCUGUCGGAACAGUCAAUGACUGAGGGGAUUCCCGGGACCUCCCAGACCACCGAGAUUUACGUGGACCAGGACCUGGGCCAGCAGGAUAAGGAUGAAAUCAUUCUGCUGAUGGGAAAAGAAAUCAGCCGUCUCUCGGAUUUUGAGCUUGAAUCCAAGUACAAAGAUGCCGUGAUAGCAAGCAUGCAGAGCGAAAUGGCCAGCCUGACCCAGAAGCUGUCCGAGUCAACCUGCUCCAGACAGAAGGAGCGGGAGGCCUCACAGAAGAUGCUGGAUGAAGACAUUGAGGCCAAGAAGAAAGAGAUCCAGGGCUUGAAAAAUCAGAUAAGCACCCUGCAGAAAGGCUACAACCAGAUGCUGUGCCAGAGCCUGUCUGAGAGGAACACCGAGAUCUCAAGCCUGAAGAACCAGGGCGAGAACUUGAAGAAGGACCAUGCCCUCACGGCAGAAUUGGUGUCAUCUUUGCAAAAAGAUAUGUUAGCAAGGGAUGAGCAGGUUCAACAGCUAAGACAGGAGGUGAAUCAACUGAAAAGAGAGAACAAAGAAAAGGACCAUCAGCUUCAUGCCCUGACCUCCAGAUGCUCAGCGCUGAAAGAUGAGUUACAAAAGGAAGAUGCUGAGAAGGAGCGCCGGGAUACCCAGGAGAGAGAGCUGAAGACCUACAAAAGUCAAAUCCAAGACCUGGAGAAAGAAAUAAAGAAACUCCGGGGCGAGCUCCGGAAGACCAGUUCUGAGCCGACUGUGACUUCCAGGACCCGGGAGAAGAGCAAGGUUGAAGAGAAGCUGCAGGAGGAUUCCAGGAGGAAAUUGCUUCAGCUCCAAGAAAUGGGGAGCAGAGAGAACCUCAUUAAAGUCAAUUUGGAGAGGGCAGUGGGUCAGCUGGAGCAUUUCAGAAGCCAGGUCAUCAAGGCCACCUACGGACGAACGAAGCCCUUCCAGGACAAGCCAGUCACUGACCAGCAGUUAAUAGAAAAGAUCGCCCAGGUGACCGAGGACAGCCUCAGCUUCCAGCAGAGGAAGUGGAGCCUGCAGAAGGAGUCUCAGCUCAGCUGCUCCCAGCAAGAUGAGAUCACGGAGCACAUCGAGAAGCUGAAGACCUUUCUAGACAAGUGCGAGGCUUGCAUGAGAACCUCCUGCUGUAGCAGUGACCUGAAGAAGGAGGCCGACCUUCUGCGGUUCCUCGAGGUGAGCGCCCCCGUCUCGGGGCUCCAGAAGGUGUCACUGGACAUCGUGCGCACGUCCGCAUCCUGGCUGGAAGACACGGAGCACCUCCUCCGGGACGUGGGGAUCCAGCUGGCCAGCUCUGACAAAGGGUUGUCCUUGUAUCUGAAGUAUCUUCUGGAACAUUAUAAAAAAAUUAAAAGCCACACCCAGGAACUUCAGAUCAAGAUCACCAGUUCUCAGGAAACUCAGCAGUCUUUAAUGCAAACAAAGCUGCAGGAGCAUCAAGCAGAAAAGGAGAAGUUGAAUGAGGAAAGGCUACAGGAAGAGGAGAAGCUGAAGGCCAGAAUCAAGCAACUGAUGGAUGAGAAAGAGGCACUGAUGGAGGGCAGUACUCAAGAGAAAGCCAAAAUGAACGAAGCCCUCGAGGAGGAACACAGGAAAGUCCAAGAUCUCGAGAACCGCCUCAUCCGCCAGAAGAAGGCUUUGGAGGAGAGCAUUACUCAAGAGAAAACCAGAGCGAAGGAAGCGCUGGAGGAGGAACAGUCCCGAGUCCGAGAUCUGGAGAGCCGCCUGGCCCAACAGAAAGAGGUUUUGGAGAGCAGCAUGGCCUUUGAGAAAAGGAAAGCAAAGGAAGCCUUAGAGACGGAAAAGAGGAAAGUCCAAGAUCUGGAGAACCACUUAACCCAGCAAAAGGAGAUUGAGGAGAGCAGCAUCGCCUAUGAGAAAAACAGAGCGAUGGAGGCCAUCGAGAAGGAGAAGAAGAGGGUGCAAGAUCUGGAGAACCGCUUAACCAAGCAGAAAGAGGAAAUAGACUUAAAGGAACAGAAAGAGGAUAUUUUAAAUAAUAAAUUAAGCGAUACGCUGGCCCUGAUAGAAGAAUUAAAGAGAGCCAAGAAGGCUGAGAGUCUAAGAGCGGACAAUCUUGCCAAGAAAUUAAAUGAAACAUUAGCUGAGCUGGAAACUUCAAGGACACAGUUGGUGACUGUGGAGGAGCGGAUACAGCUGCAGCAGCAGACCAUCCGGGUCCUACAGGAGCAGCAGGAGGAGCAGAAACACGGGUUCGAAGAGGAGAUCCUGGAGUACAAGGAGCAGAUCAAGCAGCACUCACAGACUAUCGUGAACCUGGAGGAGAGGCUCCACCGGGUGGUGGAGCACCACAGGAAGAUCGAAGACGAGAUUGCCACGCUGAAGGAAGCGGAGCUGGGUGGAGAAGAUUUAUUCGCUGCUCAGAAGGAAAUCCUGUCUCAGCAGGACAUGAUCAUGAGGCUGAGGCAAGAUCUGAGCGAGGCCCACAGCCGAAUGUCAGACCUGAAAGGGGAGCUGAACGAGAAGCAAAAGAUGGAACUGGAGUUAAAUGUGGCUUUGGUCCAGCAGCAAAGCCUUGAGUUGAAAACGCUCAAGGAAAAGACGAAGCAGAUGACCAACCUGGUAGAAAAGAAGGACAGGGAGCUGCGGAGCCUUAAGGAGGCACUCAGAACCUCCCAGAGCAAAUUGCAGCUGCACAAGGAGAAGGACCAGAAGACUCGGGGAGGGGCCAAGAUGUGCGACAUCUCUGUGCAGAUAGAACCAAUCCAUGACACCUCCAUGAGCAGCCAAGAGGAGCAGGCCUUCAGUGACCUCGGGGCCAAGUGCAGAGGGUCGCGGCAUGAAGAAGUCAUUCAGCGUCAGAAAAAAGCCUUAUCUGAUCUUCGUGCACGAAUUAAAGAGCUUGAGAAGUCCUAUAUACCAGAUCAUAAAGACCAACAGAAUGAAUCACUUCGAGAUUCAAAGGCUCUCAGGAUGGAAAACAGUGUCCAGAAAUUAUUGGAUGCAAAACCUGACUUGCCAACUCUCUCAAGAAUAGAAAUCCGAGCAUCUCAAAUUGGUCUUGUCAACCCAGAAUCCAACCUGCUCCUGGAAAAAUUAGGGAAAACGGAUAUGGCUGAAGCUUUGGAUCUCAGUGAAAAGCUGUACAUGGACAUGAGCAGAACUUUGGGCUGUCUGAUGAACAUCAAGGAUAUGUCAGGUCAUGUCUCCAUAAAAUUCCUCUCCGCAAAAGAGAGGGAGAGGGUCAACCAGCUACGACAAAGGGACCUCGAUCUGGUGUUUGAUAAAAUCACCCAAAUGAAGAGCCGGCUGGAGAGAAAAGAGGAGAUUUUGAGAGGAUACGAGAAGGACAUUGAACAGCUCAGGCAAAGCAAAGUGUCCGUUCAGAUGUACCAGUCACAGGUGGCCAAGCUGGAGGACGACAUCUAUAAGGAGGCCGAGGAAAAGGCGCUGCUGAAGGAGGCCCUGGAGCGCAUGGAACAGCAGCUGUACCAGGAGAAGAGGAUCAACAGGGCCAUCAGGCAGCAGAAGGAACGUUUAGAGGAUGGAGAACAAAGGAAAGAAUCAGCAUUUUGCAGCUGUUUCCACAAAGAGAAAAUGAGACAGAGACGAAUUGUUGUAGAGAUGGCGAAGAACAAGACACUGAGCUCAAAAAUCCAGGCUGGCGCUAAAAAAGUCAUCACAAAGGAGCAGGAAAGAGAGAUGCUGAAGAAAGGAACAUCCAGCCAGUCUACUCAGAGCAUUGUGUCUUCAAGGGCAGAUGAAAGGAGCUAGAAUUACCAUCCAGGCCUUGCAUGAUCCUCCAUGUGUCAUUGUGACUCUUCUGUGUCAAAAUACUAAGACGCUUGCGUUGGACUCUAAAAAAGUAUUAUGCUUGUGUGCUUGUCUCUAGGACAGAAUCUUGAAUAAUGCUUUGUUGUGGAGGUAUAAAAGGAAAAGGCUUCCUUUUUAUUUCAAUACCUACAAAUGUCUACAUACUUUAAACUAUAUGUAUAAAGGACAUAAGUUUGAAACUUCUAGGCCUGAUAGAUGUCAUCGAGUGUUGCUACCUUUGAUGUUCCCAAACGCCAUACCUCCAAGGGGCUCUCAAGAA